GUAACACAAAUAAAGAUUUUUUCGAGACAAUUGAUGUGAAAAUAGAAAAUUCUGGAGAAGGAAACACUCCACCCAAUGAAAGAAUAUACCAAAUAUUAACCAGCUGGAGACAGGCCACCCCAAACGCUCAGUUGAACGAUAUUCUAGACGCAUUGAAGCACUGCAACCUUAACGCUUUAUGUAUUAAGCUUAUAGAUAAAUUAAAAGAUAAAAAUCUGUUGGACGCUGAUAUUGAUGGCGAUUUUCUUGAUACAGUGACUGCACGAAGUGGAAAUGACAAUUCACUAUCUCCAGGAAAUGAUCUGUCCGUUCAAGAUGCUGUCAUUUACAUAGAAGACAAUGAUCUAGCGUACGGUGGACAUGUCGUAAUGGAAGAUCUUAAAUCUUUCAAAUAUGAAGAUGAUGAUGCUGGGUGUAUAAGUUAACGAAUGACAUAUAAAUAUUAGUUUACAAAAAAUAUAGACAAUUCAUUUAUAAGACUAUGACAAAGAUAUUGUCACAUAAGUGCAGUAACGGGUGUACUCCUUCAACUAUUCAUAGGAGUUAACCUAUUACUGUACUAAGAUGACGAUAUAAUGCAUGAUAUUUUGGCUUGCAGUUACAACUAAACUGAGCCUGGACUGUUUUCAAUUUUUGUCGUGUUGGGCUUUCUUUAGUGAGUUUGGUUAUCUCUAUUUUAUUAUAAAAUAGGUGCAAAGAAUGGUGUUGGUAGAUAAUUUUACAAGAGGCAUUGCCUGAAUAACCGUUCAAUCCUUUACCCUGAAGUUCAUAAAUAAAUUUGUUUCCGUUUUUGGACCGGUCUUUACUGCUGGCAAAGGCUGAUCUUUUUCCAAACAGGGUAAAGGUUAAACAACUAUAAAAGGCUAAUAUAAAUCCAUUACGUAAUUUGGGCAUACUUGUUUUACAAUUAAUUUAAACACUGUACACUAUUACAUUGUUUUAAAGUUACAACACUAAACUUUAUAGUAUAUAUAUAUUUAGUCAUAAAUAAUUAAGUUAUUACGAGUAAGUUAUAACAAUGGAUAUCAACAUUUUUUUUUAAAUCGUUCAUUGUUAAUUAAGUAAUGUCACUUUUUUACUUAACAUAUUUUAUAGUCAUACAGUAUUCAAAUAUUGCUGCGUUUAUUACGUACUUGUAAUACUUAGAUGAUAUUGAAUGAGUAUAAGUUCAAUACUGAAUUAAUUGAAAAAGUUGAAUAAAAUUAAACUGGCGACCAUAUUACUUUAUUCAACAAGUUCAAUAAAUUCAGUAAUGAACCUACACGAAUAUAAUAUUCUAUUUAUUACAUACACAAAAUAAGACUGAUUAAAGUGAAAAAAUGAUCUCUUUUUUAUCAUUGAACAGGACAGAUAUCUUAUUUUACAGCUCAGCUUCAUAUACAUCUAUGUAACCAUGCAUGAAUAUAUGAAAUAUAUAUCGUAAGACAUGUUUUCAUCAGUUUACUAAUAUCUUGCCUUAUUUUACUUACAAGGAAGUCGAGGAUUUUGAAAUUCUAUAUUAUGCAUAUUUAAAUGUAUUUGAUAUCUUUGAGUUUCAAAUUUUUUACUUUUUAUAACGUAUUUUGACAUAUAUUUUGUAAUUGAUAAAUAUACUAAUAUCAUUGUCUAAUUUACAUACAGAAGAAGUGAAAUAUAUUUUGCCAUUGUUUAUAUAUGUUUUAAUAUCGAAUCCUGUUGUAAUCGUGAACUGUACAUAAUGUAUUUUUACAUUUAGUACACUAUUAAAUUGUUUUGAUUAUUACAUUUAAGAAGAAUGCCUCCAGAUUCAUGUUAAUUUUCACGAAAGUUUUGAAAAUGUUUUUAAAAGUAAAACAUAAUGAAGUGAACAUAAAAAGUGAUUUUCACAUUGCCACGGCACUUACACUCCACGAUAUUCUUUCAAAAGACAAACAUAAACUGUGUUAUGCUAGUUUUAUGUAUUAAUAUUAAAAUAAUAUGUAUUGAUAUUGUCAUGACAUUGUAUUAGUAUUGCCAUUAUAUAUAUCUAUAGAGUCAUAAUAUGUAUUAAUAUUGCAAUUAUAUGUACUAAUAUUGCCAUAAAAUGUAAUAAUUGCUAUCAUAUGUAUAAAUUAUUUUAGUAUUUUGUGAAAUAAUUUAUUUCUGAUGCAGAAUAACUGUAAUAUUUGUUCUAAGUGUUGUAUAAAUACAAAUGUAUACUGCUGUAUAUUUAUGAAUAAUUAGUUUUACAUGUUAUAUUUCAUUAAUUUUACGAACAUGUACUUUUAGAAUAUGACAUAUGUCAAUGGUAUGUUUUUUAAUCUGAAUCUUUUGAAGGUUUAAUAAAUAUCAUUAAUUGUUCUUCUCAGUGUAAUAAAUUUUAAUAAUUGAUAUGAUGUAAGAAAAAA